CAUCAAAAUGUGAUUUCAAUUGACUUUUAUUUACAUUUUGUAAUCACUAUUGAGAUCAAGAAGUCUUCGCCGCCGAAGUAGUCAUGCAUUUGGACGUCGAGAGCGGUCAACAGCUGAUCCACAGUCGCCUCCCGAGGAGCCAAUCGCAGUCACUGGCGAUAUCUCUGCGACGGCGGUGGAAAGGCUUACCACGGAUGGCACGACUGUAUCUCAUGAUAGGACUAGUGGUGACCAUAUUCUUGAUUCUCGUGCUGUAUCUGCCGAGGAAUGAGCCGUUCGUUGAAGCGAUUGAUAAGAAUCCAGUGCUAAGUCCUCCUCAGCCAAGAACCGAUAGACUCGACGACCAGAUAAUGAAUAAUAAACCAAACAAUCAAUUAAUUAAACCCAUAGUUAAUGACAAUACAGAUAAUGACAAUGAUUUCAGACGCGACCGCAGAGUCUAUACGCAGAGCAGCGAUCACACGAUCGCCACAAUCGACGGCUUAUCGCUGAAUGUCUUCAAAGAGUCGGCGCAAAGACUUGAGUCCAGCGAACAGAAGGCCAUCGUCGAGGCGCUGAGACACUCGUGGGAGGCUACGCGUGGGGGGCCGACCACCUCAGGCCCAUCACUAAAUCCAAACACAACUGGUUUAUUGUGUUUGGAUUUAGUGAUGGGCCUGAGGUGGUCGGCCCCCCACGCGUACUCCCGGUACGCCUCCCACGAGUGUCUCAGCGCCUCGACGAUGGCCUUCUGUUCGCUGGACUCAAGCCUUUGCGCCGACUCUUUGAAGACAUUCAGCGAUAAGCCGUCGAUUGUGGCGAUCGUGUGA